AUGGCGCUAGCUGCGCAGCAUUUGUGCACCGCCGCCGUCAGUGUCAGCCAGUUUGCCGUGGCAUACGGAGCUCCAUCGCAGUCUUUAACACUGGUAGCAUGCCGCGACAGCGUGGACGUGAACCGACUAAAAACUGAAAAAUUUCAACGCUUCCCUACAUCGAAAUCCGGCCGUAACCUCCAAGAUGACCUGAACGACUUCCUAGCUCUCAUCCCCGUUGACGAAAUCGUCAACAUCGUUCUCAACUACGUCGCCAACGAUGCUGAGGUGCAGGCCGCCCUCCAGUACCUCAUGUCUGACGAGUUCGAGAGCAUCGUCGUCUACGUCGACCAGCAGCCCGAGCUGUACGAUCUGCUCAACUUCCUCGAGUCCUCAGGCCUUGACCCCUACGGCUUCCUCAACACCAUCCACGACUACCUGGGCAUUCCUCCGAUUUUGAAACCCGCCAGCCGAAUGAGGAGGAGCAGCAGGAGCCUCAAGUCCAUGCUCGAUGAGAUCCUCGCCAUCCUCCCAGUCGACGAGCUGAAGGCUCUCUACAACGAGAAGCUGGAGAGCAGCCCUGACUUUGCUGAACUCAUCAACAGGCUCAGCUCGGACGAGUUCCACCAACUGGUGUUGCGCGUUUUGGAGCUGGACGCUGUGCAGGACUUGAUCCAGAUGCUGAGGGACGCCGGUAUCGAUGUGGACGCCAUCAUGGACUUCUUCAGGAAUCUCUUUGGUUGGGCUGAUUCUGGCUCUUUGAAACUGAGACACAUUGUCCCAGUGAAGAAGAUCCAGCGCUUCCCAGCAAAAAGAUCCAGCCACAACCUGCAGGAUGACUUGAAUGACUUCCUGGCCCUCAUCCCCGUCGACGAAAUCGUCAACAUCGUCCUCAACUACGUCGCCAACAACGCUGAAGUGCAGGCCGCCCUCCAGUACCUCAUGUCCGACGAGUUCGAGAGCAUCGUCGUCUACGUCGACCAGCAGCCCGAGCUGUUCUCACUGCUCCAUUUUUUUCCUCUGCUGCUCAACUUCCUCGAGUCCUCAGGCCUUCACCCCUACGGCUUCCUCAACACCAUCCACGACUUCCUGGGCAUUCCUCAGAUUUCUAAACCCGCUAGCCGAAUGAGGAGGAGCAGCAGGAGCCUCAAGUCCAUGCUCGAUGAGAUCCUCGCCAUCCUCCCAGUCGACGAGCUGAAGGCUCUCUACAAUGAGAAGCUGGAGACCAGCCCCGACUUUGCUGAACUCAUCAACAGGCUCAGUUCGGACGAGUUACACCAACUGGUGUUGCGCGUUUUGGAGCUGGACGAUGUGCAGGACUUGAUCCAGAUGCUGAGGGACGCCGGUAUCGAUGUGGACGCCAUUAUGGACUUCUUCAGGAAGAUCUUCGGCUGGACGUUUUAA